AAACCUCCCACACUAAAAUGACAGGUGUUUCAGUUUCAUUGUCCAACCCCUGUAGAUGCCGAUGAAACAUAGAGAAGCCAUCAAGUUUGUCUUUCUGAAAGCAAAUCUUGAGUGACAAAGAAAUUCAAAGUUAUAAACACGCAUUUCUAUUUUUUAUUUUUUCAAUUUUGACAGUUUUAUCUGUUACUUACCCAGUGGAAACAUGCAUAAACAGGAUUGCUGUAUAUAAUGAACAAACCUUUGUGAAUUUUUAACAAUUUAAAUAAGACUUUUAAGUAGCAAAAAAUAAAAUAUUUUAAAGAACUGUUUGUCUUUUUUCCCUAAUAUAAACAAAUUUUAAAAGCGCAUUUCUUUCACAUUUUUUAAGUUUUAUCGAUUAAAAUUUGAUCAUUUUCUUUAAAUCACCACAAACCUUUCAACUGUUAACUUUUCUGUAACUAAGCAUAAAUAAUCUUAAAAAGAAAUAGAGCAGGAUAUAAACACGCCUGUGCCUGCAAUCAAUCACAUCUGUCCAGAGCUUUUAAUUCUCAGCUCCUAUGUCCCAGUUUGCCUUCAAUCUCUUAAAGCUCCCCCUCUCCUAACCCCCUCCCACAACGCGCCUGGAACGCCAGCAGCCUGGCUGGUGAAUAAUUGACCAGCUCUCUCUCCUCUUUUCCAUCCCUCUACCAUUGUCAUGUCGCUCGUCGGGUUCUGCGGGCCGUGACAAGCCGCCCUCCACUGCCUCUAUCAUGUCCAGUUUCCACCUGCUGCUGGGUGGAUGGUGAUGACUGUCAGCAGGUAGACAAACGCUCUGGAAGCAGCUGCUGAGAUCUCUUUGGAGUCAUGAGGGAGUUCAUGUUUGUCCUCCUGCUGGUCACAGAGUCAACCUGCAGGUCUCCCAGCAAGAUGUGCGAGCCAGGCUGUGAUUGCCGUGGAGAUCUUAAGUUCACCAUCUGCUCCCGUGCUCACCUCACCAAGCUUUCUGUCAGAGCACCCCCCUCCACCGAACUCCUCGACCUGUCCAACAACCUCAUUUCCGCUGUCCCCAAACAUGUCUUCAGCAGCAACCGUAAGCUGAGGGUGCUUUUGCUGCAGAACAACAACAUUAGCACGGUGGAAGACGGCGGGUUCUCUCAGCUGGAGUUCCUGCAGAAGCUGGACCUGAGCUGGAACCAGAUUUCUGCCCUCACUGAGGGAUUCUCCAUUGGCCUGGCCUUCCUUCAGGAACUGCAGCUGUCCCACAACCUGCUGACCAGCCUGGACAGUCGAAGUUUCCUCCACCUGGAUGGCCUGCAAAGGUUAAACUUGACUAACAACAGCAUCCAAACCAUCCAGGUAAGGUCGUUCGCCUCCAUGAGCAGUCUGCGGCAGCUCCACUUGCAGGACAACCAGCUGACAUCUCUGAGGAGCGGCACCUUCUCUAUGCUGCGCUCCCUGGAAGUCCUCAAUCUCGCUGGGAACCAGAUCAAUGAGAUGGAUUUAGCUUUGUUCAACCCGCUCACUAGUGUGACCUUACUAAACUUGGCAGACAACCAAUUUUCCACAGUCUUUUUUAAGACCUUCCUGAACAUCCACACCUACAGCACCCACAUCUUGCUGCAGGGCAACCCCUGGAACUGUGAUUGCGAGCUGCAGAGAGUUUUCAGGAAGCUGCAAAGCAUCCAGAGGCUCUUUCUGGACGACUACUACAACCUGACAUGUUGGGACCCACCUGUCCUUCACAACCACCGGCUGAUGGAGGUGGACAGCGAGCUGUGCAUUGCUGAGACAGUUACUGUGCUCAUCAUAACCAUCACCGUGGUGAUAACCGUGCUGGCCGCCAUGCUUAUGGGUGAGAGGAAGAAGAAGAAGAGGAGGAACGGGCUACAUUGGACGCAGCAGAGGGAAUUCUCAGAUGACUCGGACUUCUGAAACAAUGUGGUUAUUUCCCUGCUCUGCGGCUGAUCUUCUAAAGCAGCUUUAGGAAACAGUUGGAUCCUUGUGGAUGUUUAGUUUUUGCCAUAAAAUGUUCAUUCAUACAUACAGCGAGUCAACGGUAUUCAUGAGCCUUGAACUCUUUUGCAUUUUAUCACAUUACAACCUCAAACACCAAUAUAUUUCACUCUGAUUUUAUGUGACAGACCAACCUGAAGGAAAAUGAUACAUGGUUAUAUUUUUCAUUUAAUUCAUAAAAAACAAAUUGGAAAAGAAUGAAUUGCAUUUGCAUCUGAUUUUGUAGAUCUUGCACUUACAGCUUCAAGUCUUACAACUCUACCAGAUUUGCACAUCCAGAGGCUAAGAUAGUUUCCUAUUCUUCUCUAUCCAAAAGCCCCAGCUCAGCCAGAUUGGAUGGAGAGCAUCUCUGAACAUAGAUUUUCAAGCCUGACCAAAGAGUCUCAAUUGGAUUUAGGUUUGGACUUUGACUAGGCCAUUCUAACACACGUAUACACCUUGAUCCAAACCAUCCCAUCCUAUCUCUGGCUGUAUGUUCAGGGUCGUCGUCCUGCUGGAAGGUGAACUUCCACCUCAGUCUCAAGUCUUCUGCAGCCUCUAACAGCUUUUUCUCCAGGAAUAUCCUGCAUUUAGCUCCACACACCUUCCCAUCAACUCUGACCAGCUUCCCAGUUCCUGCUGAAGCAAAGCAGUCCCACAGCAUGCUGCUGCCACCACCAUGUUUUGGGUGAUGUGCAUUAUUAGUUUUCCUCCACACACACUGUGUCGCAUGUAGGCCAGAAGGUUCUGAUCAGAGCACCUUCUUUUUGUUUGCUAUUUUCCCUGCAUGACUUGUUGCCAACAGAACUUCUCAUGGCCUAAUUUCAACUAUGAUUUUCUUCUUGGUACUGGUCUAUAAAGGACAGAUUUCUGAAGUGCAGCCCACUGAUGGUUGUACUGUCAAGAGAUUCUUUCUUCUUUCUCUCUGACCUGAAUACUCUGGUCCUUUGGUCUUCAUGGUUUCUUCUCUAAUGUUCUCUAAAAAAACACCGAUGAGGCCUUCACAGAAGAGCUGAAUUUAUAUUGAGGUUAAAUUACUCACAGGUAGACUGUUUACUAAUAAUGUGACUUUUGAAGAGAACUGGAUUUUAUUCAGGGGUAUUAAAGUAAGAAGUGGUAAAUAAAUAUGUACACCACGCUUCAGAUUUUCCAGUAUUCCAAAAUUUCAAUAAAAUAUAUUGAAGUUUGUGGUUUUAACUCGACCAAAUCUGAAAAACGUCAAGUUCUUCGCACUUAGAAAACCCCUCCAUGGCAGCUGUGGUUUCUGUCUCCUCCUGUAGGUGAAAAGAAAUCAGCUGAUGUCCUGAGGUCAUUUGCUACAAGCAGCUGGGUGUGGUUUGUAGUUUGUCCGGUGGUUUUAUUACGCCUUCCAGGAACAUUUCCUUUUUACAAAAAUCAGGAAUGGCAACAGACUGCUUUCCACACCUUUAGUUUGAGUCAUCACCAUUCACAACCUUCUGUAAGAGCUAAAUACAAAUGAAGUUUUGAAAGAGAUGCAAAUCUUUCCGAAAUUGUUUUUCUCCACAUUUUUUAAAUAAAAUCCACUUUCGUAAAACUCACUCAGAAAAAUUAAUGUAACUUUCUAGUGUAUGGCGUAUACGUAAAGUAACAUUUAGAAGGAAAACUAUAAUUCACAGUGAAAUUAAACAGAAUUUUGUGUUUUUUUUUUUUCUACUCAGUAAAACUGAUUCAUGGUGGUUAUAUAUAUUUUUUUGGGGAUAAUGGAAAAUAAAAAUCUGUUUUACCUCAUUA